AUGCUAGACAGAAACGAUGCAGUUAGUAUUAAAGAUGCUCAAGAUAACAUCAUAAAACCUGGAUUGGAAAACAACUUAACGUAUAUUAAGUCGAACUUUGCCAAAUUAACUUUGGCUAUUGAACAAUUACAACGGCAACAUAUGCCUUUAUCGGAUUUACUAAAAAUAGUUCAAGAUAUUCAAAAAUCAUUUGAAACAUUAAGUGGUCCAAAUGGAAAAUCUGUUCAAAAUAAAUUUAAUCAGGUACAGGAAAAAAAUCGUGGUCUCUUGGCGUUGGUAAAAAUAUCACAAGUUCUAACGAGUGAAGAGACACUCCGAAAUUUAGAUGGUCUUCCCGAAGACUUAAAUUGUAACGACUUAACAUUUUUUAAGUACGCACCCGUGACGUCUGUCGAUGUAGAGCGGUCAUUCUCGGCAUACAAAACUCUACUAUCAAAUAAUCGUAGAUCAUUCAAAUUUGAAAAUAUAAGAAAACAUCUUAUUAUUCAGUGCAAUUCUUAA